AAUAAGCAUGGCGGAUCUGUUACUUGACUCAAAUAUUAGAAUUUGGGUAUUUUUGCCCAUUGUAGUUAUAACUUUCCUUGUUGGUAUCAUCCGACAUUAUGUAACCAUUUUACUGUCAUCAGAAAAGAAAUCAGAUUUGCAGCAAGUUGCCGAUAGUCAUGCUUUAAUGAGAAGUAGAAUAUUAAGAGAGAAUGGUAAAUAUAUUCCAAAAGAUUCUUAUUUAAUCAGAAAGAGUUUUUUCAACCAUGAAGAGAAAGGAUUUUUUAACACAGAAAAAAGGGAAGCUCAAGUGAAAAAUCCGAUGACAGAUCCAAGUAUGAUGACAGACAUGAUGAAAGGAAAUAUAACUAAUGUAUUACCAAUGAUAGUUAUAGGUGGUUGGAUUAAUUGGGCUUUUUCUGGCUUUUUAACAACAAAAGUUCCAUUUCCAUUGACUUUAAGAUUUAAACCAAUGUUACAGAGAGGUGUAGAGUUACAGUCUUUAGAUGCUUCAUGGGUGAGUUCAGCAUCAUGGUAUUUUUUAAAUGUAUUUGGUUUAAGAAGCAUGUAUACUUUAAUAUUAGGUCAAGAUAAUGCUGCUGAUCAAACUAGAAUGAUGCAGGAACAAAUGUCAGGUUCAGCCAUGAUGGCACCACAAGAUCCCAUGAAAGCAUUUAAAGCGGAAUGGGAAGCCUUAGAAAUCAGUAAUCAUGAUUGGAUAUUAGAUGGUGUAGAAGAGGAACUAACUGGUGGAAUCGUUCAACCUGAAACUAUUUAUAUCAAAAAUAAAUUUACCUAAUCCAACAUUAACUUGAAAUCUUCAGUAUCAUCAUUAGCAAUCAUUAUUUGUUAUUUACGAUAGGAUAGAUACAGUCUAACUAAAAUUAGACCACACUUUCGUUUAGUCUUUUUAUUAGCUUUUAUCAUUGAUAUAGUCACUUCAGUUAGGGUCUAGCGAUGGCCCUCUUGAACAUCUGUUUGAUGACACUACUAGCCAAUCAAUUUCCUCUCCAUUGCAUGGAUUUGGUGACUUGAAUUUACUGUUAAAGCUAUGGAAAAGCUCUAUCGCAGGGAUGUAAGGCAGAGUGCUCUCUAUUAAAGAAGAUUAAAAAAUGUAUUUGUAGAUGUUUCUGUAUUUAUUUAUACAUUGAAGUCAUUUAUCUUGUGAAACUGAGUGUAUCUGUGAAUGUUUAUUGUAAAUGUAGUUAUUUCAUAAAGAAUAUAAAUGUAUGAUCAC